AUGAGUCUCCAGUGGCUCCGACCCUCUUCGUCCUGACCCCCCUGCAGCCGCCCGGGUCCACGGACCAGCCCGGUCCAAACGUCUGCCUGGCCACCGACUUCCGUCCGAAGGACCAGAACCUGGUUCUGAAAGAUGAGGAAGGUUCUGCCACCAUCAGUACCACCAACGCUGUUCUGUCAACAACGACCAGAACCUUCUACUUCCCGGCCUUCAGCAACAGAACCAUCCAGUCCUGCAGCAGCAGAACCAACGCAGAGCUGGAAGACAACGGUGCCGAUGAUGAGAGCGACAUAACUUACCCAGAAAAAGCCCAGCAGAACUCCUACCUGCUGAUGAUAAACGGUGUUCGGGUGGUCUUCACUAAGGCGGUGGUCUUCAGCACGGUCUUCACCAUCCGAGAUGUUCUGUUCUGACGUGAGAGGCUGACUGGAUCAGAACCGAGCCUGGAACACUUCAGAUGAAUUUAGGGUUCAAAUCUGAACAAACCGUCAGAGGAAAACAUAAAAAUAUAUUUAAAUACUUUAAAAC